AUGGUAUCAGAAACCAAAACCUCAAUCGGCGACACGCUGUAUAUGUUUUUCGCCCUCUACCUCACUACCCUCUUCUCUCUCGACACAUGGGCUACCGCUCGUAAUUCUCCGUACCGCGCACCGGGUAACAACUCGUUCCAUCGCCCAGCGAACACACCACCAGCACAAGAUAGCUACCAAGGCGGCAUGCACGGCCGCGGCAAUGCUGGACCAGGAAGCGGAAGUGGUGGAAAUGGCGGCAAUGUUGCAAGGGUGCCACAAGCGAGGGACUCAAGACCGCCUAUGAAGUUGUGGGGGACGGCGGCUUGCGGUGCUUGCAUGACUUGA